AUGGGGAGAUCUGUUUCCCAAUGGGUGGAACUUGUGUGGACAGUAGAAAAAGAACUUGCAUUCUUGGAGUAUGUUGAAUCUUGUGGUCUUGGAAAUUGGUUGGAUGUAUCGGCAAAGCUCGGGAGUAUGUCACCUUUAGAAUGUCGCAGACAUUACGAGUCUACGUACGUUUCAGGAAUCAUGAGUAGCGUCUAUAAAUCACCUCGUUCCAUCAUGGAUUUGAAUACCAAAGAUAAGUCUGAUGACGAUCUCUUUGCCAUCUGUAAAGCUCAUUUCCGAGUUCCACUUGGUUUUUGCAAGAAAUUGGGCUUAAUGCCCAAGAGAGGCGAUUAUGAAUGCGAUUAUGAUAACAAUGCCGAGAUGUUCAUUGCCCGAAUCAGAAGCGAUUUUUUUGGUGAUGAACUUUAUCGUGACCUAGCUCUCGUUCGGAUCGAUAUGUUUACCGAGAUUCUGCGACGGCGGCGACUACGUCACAUAGUCGCGGCAAAACUGAACUUGCUGACUCACGCCCUUCCAAAACUGAUCCCUCCUAAGGCCACGAGUAAUGGCCAUGGCAAUGGUCAUGGACGCGCAAUGUCUGACCAAUCGCAGUUAAGUGGUGGGGGUGACAAAGCGGCUCGCAGGCGUUUAAUUAGCCAACGGCGAUGUGGAGGGAGGAUGUUACAGUCCACGCGCUGUGGCAAUAUCUUCGAGAAGCCUGGCACCUCCGACAGCUUGCCCAUAGAAGAGGCCGUUAAACAACCACCCUCAUCAAUAGAAUCGCUUCAAGAUUCUGGAGUUGCGUUUUCCGACAGUUCAAGUCAUUCGGUACCUUCCGUGGACACAGCCGCAACAGCGUCUGCCUCAAUUCCUGCCGAGGAUAUGACGACUUAUGAAGGGAAUAGUAGAGAUGCUUCUCCGCCCACUACAUUCACUCGACCUUGGCACUGCUCUUCCCCAAUUGUGGACUUUAGUCCCCUUGGAGCUGUUUCUUCAGUCAACCCUUCUGGUAUAUUUCCUUCCUUGCCAACUCCCUUACCUUGGAUCAUUACGAAAGACAGUGGCACCUCUCAACAUCUAUCGAAUGUCAAAGAGAAAUCGCCGAACCAGUCCAUCCGGGAUAUUUCUUCGUCGGAACCUCCGGCAAACUGCUGCAUACCACCGUAG